GCGUUCCGUGUCGCCCAUUGUUGUCCUCGUCGCGCGUAAUGGCCACCGUGAGCAUUCGUUAACGCGUCGUAAGGUACGCCAUAUCGCAUCCCGGCCUAUCCUGUACGACGGAUAACGCCGCGAGCCUCAUCCAGCCGCGAAACAUCGCGUACGACGGUUUUUAUGCGAUCGCCAUCGCCGCCGAACGAGGUGCGGACAAAGUGCGAGCGAGCGAGGUGAACGAGCGAGGAAGCGGGACAGAGCGGGCGAAAGGGAGCGACAAAGAGGAAACGACGUACGCGACGAAGAAGGAGCGGCAGCGGCCGCGCGUUUCGUACUCACAUUCGCCGCAACCGCCACCGCGCUGCUCUACGUAGCCGACCAUGAUUUGCGCGGGCCGACGUUGACAAGCGUGUGAUUCCGAAGGUGAUCGUUCGCGCGCGCUCAAACCGCGUGCUGGAGUAUAUCGAGCGCGUGGUUGGGCGAGCCAAGCCAAGCCAAACCAAGCCAAGCCAAGCCAAGCGGACCCGAGCCGAACCGAACCGAGACGAGCCGGACGAGUGAACGGAACACAGAACGUUGGCGGGUGAAACCAACACUAACAAGAUCAUCGCGAUUUCGGACGACGCAGCUCUAGCAUCGCGAAACUAUCGUUCCGAGGAAGCGUCUGUCGAAAUCGAACGCCAUUGAUUUCUCGCGCGCGGCUCCAACAGCGCGAUAAGAGCGUCGCGCGCGCGGCACGCAACACGGUGUGGCAAGAGCGGCGCUCUUUCCUCCCCCCUCCCCGACCAUUCUUCUCCCUCGUAGAUGCUGAACGUGAGCCGCAUCGUGUUCUUACGGCGACGUGCACGCCCGCGCGUAUCCGCGACGUCGCCUUCGUGGUGCCUGCCGCACGGCAGCUUGCGCCGCCACCGCCACCGCCGCCGUCAUGGCAACUAGAGGAUCAUCGGUUACCGCUCGGCAGCCGGACUAUUAACCCCGCGGUCCGUCGGACUAUUACACGGUCAAAGGCAAUACAUCAAUGGCCCUAGAAUCAAAUGGCAACAACGUGGUGUGGUUGAAUACAACCCGUCCUGAUCAAAUACAGCAGAGUCAACCAAUCGAGCAGCCAUUGAAGUGUUCCAUGUUUACUCAAACGGAGCAAACUAAUAGUUUUACCCAGACGGAACAGAGCAAUUCGAGUUACGGAGACCAGAGACAGCAGCAAACAGCAAUGUUUGACCCACAGCAGAUUCAGCAGCAAGCUGCUGCGCAGGGUCAGCAGACGCAGCAGCAGCAGCAGCAGCAGACUCAGCAGAUGUAUGUCACAUCGGAUAAGAAGGAGGACAAGUCUCAGCAGCAGCAACAGACGAGUACUACCGAGUUUCCUCCCUCCUUCUAUUACAACGUCAACAUGUUGCAAAAGGUUCAGACAAAUGCGGUGAGCACAAUCAGUGCAAUCACCGAUGACAAGGGUUGUUACCGUUUCGAUGUUCAACCUGUCGGUUAUAAUACAUUGCUAAACCAGAUGAGUAUUGCCGCUGCGACUGCAAAUGCAACGUUCAAGUGUGAGAUUUGUGGCUUGGUCUUUGGUCACAUGAGCCUGCUGCAGCAUCAUAAGCGGAUUCACACCUCAACACCCAGCAAUUUGCAGCAACAGCCGCAACAGAUUGUGGUACAAACGCCGACAACAGUGACUGUCGCCACUACACCAGAAAGACCGUACACUUGUGACGUUUGUGGAGCGUGUUUUGCAUUACCGGGAGAAUUAAAAAGUCACAAAACAAAUAUGCAUCAGAAACCAAAGGUGCAAAUUUGUGAAGAUUGUGGCAGUGAGGACCCAUGCGAACAUCAUCCAACUAAAGUUAAAAAGACUAUCAAACCUGGUCAUCAUCCUGUGAAACGAAGGGGUGUUACCAGUGUCACCAAAUGUCACAAGUGCAACGGCACGGGGAUUAUUUUUAUAGGUAAACACGACGAAAAACUAGAUUCCGGAAUCAGUUCCCUCGCAAAGUGUGGCGGCUGCAAGGCUACAGGCCGCAUCGUCAUAGGAAGUGGCAAGCAAAACAGUCAAAAUCAAGCGGAGAAACCAUUUCAUUGUAACGUUUGUGAUGGUACAUUUUCUCGAUAUUCUUCACUCUGGUCCCAUAAAAGACUUCAUUCAGGAGACAAACCAUUCAAAUGUGAAGUCUGCGGCUUAGCCUUUGCUAAGGCUGCUUAUUUAAAGAAUCAUGGAAGAGUUCAUACCGGUGAAAAACCGUUCAAGUGCAACGUUUGCGGCAUGCAAUUUUCGCAAAGUCCACACUUGAAGAAUCACGAACGAAUUCAUUCCGGUGAGCGACCCUAUCAAUGCGAGGUUUGCGAAAAAACGUUUGCCAGACAUUCAACGCUCUGGAAUCAUAGAAGAAUUCACACCGGCGAGAAGCCAUAUAGGUGUAAUAUCUGCGGUUCCGCCUUCAAUCAAGCCACACAUCUCAAGAACCAUGCAAAAGUCCAUACCGGUGAAAAACCGCAUAGGUGCGAUAUAUGCGAGAUUGGCUUUUCCGAUCGUUUUGCGCUGAAGCGUCACCGUGCGAUCCACGAGAAGUACGGCCAAACGGCACGAAACCAGAAUGCAAAUAACCCAGCAAACGCACAACAGGCCAAUGCGAGUAAUCAGCAGCAACAGUCGCAGCAGCAGCAACAGCCACAGCAGGCGCAGCAAGGCCAGGUUGUGGUCGUGAAUGCGACUACUCCUGUCACUGUCAGCCAAGGACAAGGCCAAGUUAUACUCGACGAGGUCUACAAGUGUCAGGUGGCCUUCCCAGAGCCUAAAUGAUUCAGCUAGAGAAUACCUUUCAGGAGUUGGUAAAGAGGUUAACUUUUUUAACCUUUUUUUUUUUAUAUUAAUCUCGAGAACGGCAAAAUCCAUGGAUAUAUAAUAUAAAAAGUAAUGGAUUUUACGCUGAAAAAGUCAAGUGAAUUCUGCACGAGUGACUGUGAACAGCGCAGCUCUUUUUUUUGUGUAUGUGCAGCCACUCAGAUUUUGUGGAAGAAUAUUUGGUGACUGUCGAUAGAUUGAAUUUAGAUAUGGAUAAAGAUUUCAAGGAAAAAAAAAACGAAAAAAAAUAUGGACGGAGAGACUCUGCGUGAAGUUUGUGCGAGUGAUAAAUUUCGGGGAAUGUAUCCUCGGAAAUUUAAUUCAUAAUAUACAAUUGGACGAUUUUCAACCGCCAACAUCAACGAAGUCUUUUUGUGAAGUAAUAGAGAAAUAUGUCUACCUUUAUAUUUUGCCAUUCGGAAAGGUGGAAAAAACAAUUAAACCGUAUCGCGGCAUACAUUUCGUAUAUAUUAGUUUUCUAAAAUAAAACGGAAAAUGUAAUUGUAAACGUAUCAUUCUUUCAUACAUGUAUAAUAAUCGUUAAUUUGUCCACGAGAACAAAAUUGCUAUACGUCUUGCCAUGAUUUCAUGAAUGGCAUUGUGCAAUAGUUCCGACAAAUUUUGCGAUUAGCCCGACAAAGUGUACUUUCGAAUGAUUGUAACAACGGAGGAUUGCAACAGCGUGUGUUUCGGUAAUGAAAAGCGCAAGUAUAAGGUAUCGAAUAUUUUACUCUUUUUUUUAACAAAUUUAAAUUAUAUUAUGAAAAAUGCCCAAACCUCGGCCCUUUCGAUUCUUCUCAACAUCAUCAUGAGGCUGGAUUGUGUGUUUCUCAAUGUUUAAAAUAU